AUGCAAACAAUCAACAUGUCCUCAUACCUUGACGUCCUCUCCUGGACGCGAGCACGCAAGAACCGCGAAGCGCUUGAGAAAACCAACCCUCAGAAUCCUGUUCUUAAUGACGAUGAUGAGGAAUUUUUGCAGAGGAUAACCAGUCAAGAGGCUCCUGCGCCUCCUCUUCCCACCAUCGAGCCCACAGUCAUUGACGAUGAGGGAAAUGAGAAGCAGGCCGAUGUAUCGCAAAAGGAAGCCGCCGAGAUGAUUCUGCCUGCUAGUCCUGGUGAGACCAGCGAGAAGAGGACGUGGGCGAGUUAUAUUCCUAAUGUUGGUGUGCCGUCGGUACCGGCGAUUCCUGCUAUGCCUUCUUUGGCUUCGUUGAGGGGUCGCAAGGGAGAUGCUAAGGUGGAUGAGAAGGAGGCUGCAAAGCCUGAGGAUAGCGAGGCCAAGACAGAGAGUCCUGCCGAGGAGAAGAAUUCGUACGCUCAAGCGGCUGUCCAAGGAUCUACUCAGGACGACAAGAACGACUUGGCGGAUCAAGUCGCCGAGACAGCUCAGGCUGCAAAGGAGCCUACUCUAGAGACAGCUGAAACCGCAAAGGAGACCGCUCUGGAAACAAGGGAUGAGCUCACCAAGGACAUAACAACGACAUCCGAACCUGAAGCCAACAAGGAGGCUGAAGAGACCCCCAAGGACGACACUACCAUAGAGAAAGCCACAGACACCAAAGGCAAACAGCCUGAAGAGCCCACUCAACGCACCUGGGCCUCCUAUAUCCCCGCCGUCCCCACCUUCACCCGCAGCACCAAAGCCCAAGAGUCAGCCGAAGCAGCCGCAGCCUCUCAAACUCCCGAAGCCAAAGAACAAGACGAACGCGAAGUCUCCGUUCUCCUCGACCGCCUGAACCUCUCCGCAAUCAACAACCGCGUCUUCAGCUUCUCUGACCAAUCCCAAAAACUCUACGCCGAAUUCACCUUGAUCCUCAAAGACAUCGUCAACGGCGCCCCAACAGCCUGGGAAGACCUCGAAACCCUCCUCAAAGAAAACGAAAAACACCUCGAGCAAACCUUCAAAAACAUGCCUCCCUUCGUCCAAACCCUAGUCAAAUCUCUGCCCUCCAAAUUCGCAACAUCCAUGGGACCAGAGCUCAUGGCAAUGGCCGGAGACAAACCAGGCAAUGAUCUGAAGAAACAAAUGGAAGCCGCCAGCACCGCAUCUUCUUCAAUCUCUGCCCAAAACAUCAAUGUGGACUUGAAGAAAAAGCAAAAGAGAAAAGUCCCCAACAUCAAGGAUUUGGCAAAGCAGAAAGGCACGGUUACGAGUAUGUUGACGAAUAUUGUCAACUUUUUGAAGUUGAGGUUCCCGGCGUUUGUGACGGGCACGAAUGUUGUCAUGAGUUUGGCUGUGUUUAUCCUCCUCUUCGUAUUCUGGUACUGCCGCAAACGCGGCAAGGAAACCCGUCUGCUCCGCGAAUCCGAAUCAGCCAAACACUCUGCCGAUGUCUCUGAAAUCGAAACCUCGUCUUCGGAAGAUGAGGCCGAGGAUGAGAAAGCAGACCUCAAGACCGAAGAAGAGCCACAAUCAGAUGAAGAAGAAAUCAAGCUCGCUAAUGCAAAGGCGUAUGCGGCUGCGAUGAAUAGGUCUGCUGUGGGUGGACCUGAUAAUGCGGCUGCGUUGCGUGCGAAGAAGAUUUUGGAAGGGUGA